AUGAGUGCAAAAUCUAGUGAGUCAGAUGAGGCAGAGCUGGCCUUGCUCAACGACGACUCCCUCUCAGCGGCUUCCGACGAUCUCGAAUCCAAUCACAAACAUGAAGAUACAACAACGACCAUCGAGCCCGAGUAUCAAACGCCAACGUCCGUGAAGUUCAUGUGGCUUGGCUUCUACUUCCUAUUCAGCAUGUUAUUGACCUUGUACAACAAGCUCCUUCUAGGAUCUUUCAAAUUUCCUUGGCUGCUAACAUGUAUGCAUACCACUUUCGCCUCGCUGGGUACCUUUGUACUAUUGAAACUGGGACGUUUCAAGCUCUCAAGAUUGGGUCACAGAGACCAUCUGGCCCUAGUCGCCUUCUCCGUUCUCUUCACAGCGAACAUCGCGAUGUCAAAUCUUUCGCUAUCCCUCGUGAGCCUGGCCUUCUUCCAAAUCAUCCGCAACACGGUCCCCAUAUUCACCGUUCUGAUAUACCGAGUCUGGUUCGGACGCUCGUAUUACAUGGCGACAUACCUUUCAUUAUGUCCUAUCAUCAUCGGGGCGGGACUGACUGUUGUUGGAGAAUUCCGUUACUCUGCUUUUGGUCUAUUCAUAACGGUCAUCGGAGUUGUCCUCGCUGCUAUCAAGACCGUCACAACCAACCGGUUGAUGACAGGAUCCCUGGCACUUCCUUCAAUGGAGCUUCUGUUCCGAAUGUCUCCACUCGCUGCGAUUCAAUCCUUUGUGCUUGCGGCAAUUGCCGGGGAGCUGCCAGCCUUUGCAGAUUCCAUGUCUCAGCGUGCAGCCGAGUCCUCGAGACUAGUCACCGUGGCUACCGUCAUAUUCCUACUGGGAAAUGGACUGCUAGCAUUUUUCCUUAAUGUGUCUUCAUUCCAAACCAACAAGUUGGCCGGUGCGCUAACAAUAUCGGUUUGCGGGAACCUUAAGCAGGCUCUCACGCUAGCUAUUGGAAUCUUUGUGUUCAAAGAUUUCACAGUGGAUGUCUUGAACGGCACAGGUAUUUUUCUUGUAGCAGCUGGUUGUGCAUUUUUCAGCAAAGCAGAGCUAGAUUCUAAGAAGAGCUCUGCAGUAUCAUAG